AUGAGUGUCCAAACUUUAUACUGGGUUGUUGCAUUGUCAUUCGCUACAUUUUUCUCAUUUAAAGUGUUUCGGUAUGGGACGCGCCCAACAAACUUCCCGCCAGGCCCACCGACGAUACCAGUGCUGGGAAACUUACUCCAGCUUCCAAGCAAAGACCUACAUUUAUUUUUUGACAAAAUGAGCAAACAGUACGGUCCUAUUGUAUCACUGAAGUUAGGCGGCACAAAUCUCAUACUCCUAAACGAUGCCACUGUAGUAAGGGACUUGAUUGAGAAGAGAAGCAACAUAUAUUCCGCCAGGCCAGAUACCUAUAUUCGCGAAUUUGUGGGAAAUCGAAAUAUCGCUUUCCGAAAUAAUGAUGAUACUUGGAGGCGGCAAAGAAAAAUGUAUCAUCUUCGUCUCAACACGAAAGUCGCAAAUCAGUACAUACCGUACCAGGUAUUCGAUAGCAAGCAGCUCAUGAAUGAUUUGUUACAUGACCCAGGCCGAUACGUUGAUCAUCUACAACGAUACACUACGAGCGUGGCUUCCACUGUUCUCUAUGGAAUGAGAACAUCCACUGCCGAAAAUGGUUAUGUGAAGGAUUUGAUGGAUUGGAUGGAAAAAACAUCCGAUGCUCAGAACUUCCAAUUGGUAGAUUUCUACGAUUUCCUGCGACCUUUGUAUCGGAUCAUGCCAGCUCGGUUCAGUUCACUCAAGACGAAGCUCCUUGAGAUCAAUACCAUUGAAAAUAGGCUUUUCUUCUCCCUUUUGGGUAUUGCCAAAGAAAACAUUGCUAAGGGAAAAGUAUACCCAAGCUUCAUUCGAGAUAUGUUGCUUGCAGAAGAUAAAGACCGGAUGAGUGAUAUAGAAAUUGCAAACAAUGCUGCGCAUGGGUUUGGGGCUGCCACGGACACCCAGUGGAACACUGCACUGGGAUUUGUGAAGGCUAUGAUUCUUUACCCAAAAGUGCAACAAGAAGCUCAGCUCGAGAUUGACAAAGUGGUUGGAUCUAAUAGAAUGCCCGAAUGGGAGGAUCGAGAAAACCUCCCUUAUGUUCGUGGGAUUAUCGAGGAGUCGUUCCGCUGGAUGCCAACCACCCUGACUGCUGCUGUACCGCAUUGUGUCACAAGAGAUGACGUAUACAAUGGGUAUAUCAUCCCUAAAGGGGCCAUUAUAAUGAUGAAUGUAUGGACUCUUAACAACGACGACGAAACCCACGAGAAUCCUCGCGACUUCGAUCCAUCCCGCCAUAGCGCUGAGUUCACCGCCAUUGAAAGCAAUUCAAUCAACCCCGAGGCCACGAAGCGUUCCAACUUCACAUUUGGCGCUGGCAGACGAGUUUGUCCGGGCUUUCAUGUCGCACAACGGGGUUUGUUCAUUGCCAUCUCUAGAAUGCUUUGGGGCUUUCAAUUUUCGCGCCGCAAGGACGCAUCUGGAGACUUGAUUCCCAUUGAUCGCGAUGCUAUAACGUCAGGCCUCAUUGUCCAGCCAGCACCUUUUCUGUGUGAUAUCCGACCACGGGACGAAAAGCGUGCCUCUAUUAUUGCAGAGGCAUGGGCAGAUGCCCAAAGUGAUCUAGACGAGAAAGGAAACUUCACGGAAGAAUUCUUUGAGAAGGUUUUCCCAGGAAAGUAGAGCAACUUGUAUAAUAUGACGAGUCUUUGUAAGCGCAGAUCAGACUACCUAGGAACCUACUUGAAC